CUACUUCGUCUAAUUCUCCAACACACCAAAACGGUAAAAUAGGUUUUGGAAAAUCUAUAAUUAUGUGAUGCGCAUUUUCAGUGACUUACUCUCACAAGAUAUCACUAAACUAAAACUAGUUCAAACCUAUUUUGUACGGUUUAUGGUUUGCACCAUGUUUGUUGUUGGUUGUUUUCCGACCAAAAAGUAGAGAAUUCUGGAUUGGUCGAGUGUCCGUGAACGCAGCAUUGUUUUGUACCCAUCAGGCAUUGCGGCCAUAGUCAAGCAAGACCAGGAAUCAGAAGUAACCGGCAUAUCAGAACACAGGAUAAUAACAUUAUAAAGAUUAAACUAACAAAUAUUGAUGAGGAUUUCAUAACACAGCAAGUUCAAACUUCUGUCACGUCUCCUAAAGUUCUACAUCUGAUCCACAGUAUGUGUCAUCGAAUUGAUGAUGUCAUGAGGCUGUGUUGUGAGUUAUCUGCCAAUCAGCAAAUCCAGACCACAGUGAAAGGCUCGGGGAAGGGAGCAGCAGCAGCCGGGGGACUGGCCUUCGCUGGAGGGUUAGUUGGCGGUCCUCUUGGUAUUGCAGUUGGUGGUGCCGUCGGAGGCCUUCUGGGCUGCUGGCUGACCAGUGGACAAUUCAAACCUCUGCCUCAGAUCAUAAUGGAGCUCAGCCCUCAGCAGCAGCAGAAGCUCUAUGAUGGUCUUGUAGCGGUCCUGGGAGACAUUCAGUGGACAGAUUUGGCUCAGCUUUCUGCUUUAGUGAUGGGCAACGCCGCUCUGAAGCAGCAGCUCACAGCCGCCCUUCUUGGGUAUAUCUCCAAGGAGCUCCAGGCGGAGGUGCACUAUGUGGAUUAGUGUCUUUGGAAAAACCUGACUCAGAGGCCCACAUGCUGAGGAGGACGGAGCCUUUGAAAAGAAUGUGAACUGUUUUUAUGAAGCUGGAGACAUUUUAUCAAAAUGAUGUGAAAUAACAUAUCGUAAACGUGCACACGCACCAUCACAGUCCUGAUCACACUAUAAGUUUAGUGAAUUAUUGAGAAAACAGCUGUAAAACUUAUCAUAAUAAUAUAAUAAUAAUAAUUUAUCAUGGGAAGUGCACUCCUCAGUUGAAGGAAAUAUUUAUUUGUUAAGCAUUUAAUAGCACUGAUAAUUGUGGUUGAACUGCAUUUAUUUUAAUACAAAGGAUUAUGUCCUGGAUGAGUGCCAACUGUACAAUGUGAUAUAUUUUGAUUUGAUGGUAAUUUAUUAGGUUCAAGAGGUUUACAGCAUCUGUGCAGUGUAUUGUAUUUAAAUUAUAUCAAUAAAAAAAAGGUUUGUGUCUUC